AUGAAGCAUCAAAAGAACGAAAGCAAGGCCUCUGGAAAGGUAACAUUUCAUCAAAAGACGCCGCGGACGGGCUCGGAACGAAUCUCGGUGACGGCGUGCUCGUCCUGGUCCCCGACAAUGACGAAGCCAUCAUGGACGAGUUUUUGUAAACUUUUGCUGAUUGAACAGCCAAAACCGCCUUGUCUCGCCGCCGAGCAGCCCUUUAAACCAGAACUUGACAAGACCCAUCUUCUGUCGACGGAAAUACGCCAGGGACAUUUUGAGUGUUUUUUUUUAUUGCAACAAGUUAAAUAUCUU